UUAUAAUCUAUGAAGAAGACAAAAUAAUGAAUGUACAGAAUAAUUUGUGUAUGGGGCAAGUUUUUGUUUACUUAAAGCAUUAUAUAAUGGAAGACCGUAAGUUCGUACUACUAGCUACUAACAAAUGAUAUUAACUUUCUAACAAAAUUGACCUAACUAAUUAUCUAUGUUAAGGAAACAAUAGUAAUAACGGAAGUGGUUAUAAAAUGAAUGCCAUGUUUCAAUGAAUAAACCAAAGUAAAAUAUAUCCCUUCAAUUCCCUCAAAAGUUUAGCUUGUGCUGCAUCAUUGGAAGGCAUAUAUUAAAGGGUGUCUCUUACAAACACUAUGAGUGAGGAAAUGAAGAAAAUUGCCUCUGAUGAUGGCCAUGAGAAAGUAUUAGCACUAUCAUUGUCACCAGAACAGCGGGCUAAGAUAAUUGAGGUGAGAAAAUUGAUAGGAACAUUAUCAGAUAAGGCAUCUGUAUAUUGUUCUGAUGCAUCCAUCUCAAGGUAUUUAAAGUCACAGAAUUGGAAUGUCAAGAAAGCAUCUCAAAUGUUGAAACUGAGCUUAAAAUGGAGACACGAAUACAAACCUGAAGAGAUCAGCUGGGACGAGGUUUCUGAUGAAGCAGAGACAGGAAAAAUAUAUAGACCAAACUAUUAUGACAAGCAUGGGAGACCUGUACUUAUAAUGAGAACGAAUCGCCAGAGAUCGAAGUCAUUAAAAGAAGAGAUUAAGCAUUUUGUUUACUGCAUGGAGAAUGCAAUUUUAAAUCUUCCACCUAACCAGGAAGAGGUGGUUUGGCUAGUUGAUUUCCAUGGUUUCAAUCUGUCAAAUAUAUCAUUCAAGAUGACACGUGAAGUCUCUCAUAUAUUACAAAAAUAUUAUCCACAGCGCCUUGGAUUGGCAAUAAUGUAUGAUGCACCCAAGAUUUUCCAACCAUUCUUCUCGAUGGUAAAGGUCCUGCUUGAUCCUGAGACUUGUAAUAAGGUAAAGUUUGUUUAUUCCAAUGAUGGAAACACAAAGAAGAUUAUGGAGGAUUUGUUUGAUAUGGAUCAACUUGAACAAGCAUUUGGUGGAAAUGACGACACAGAAUUUGAUACAAAUAAAUAUGCCAAGAGAAUGAGAGAUGACGACAACAAGAUGUACUCCUUAUGGACGCAGGCAAACUCUGUAUCAUUCGUCUCGCACAAUAUUCCUUCUACAGACGUAUUCGGAGCAGAUAUGGUCAAUCGCAGGGACAAAAAAGGCAUAGCUAUAGAAUGAGAAAUCACUUGCCAGAUCUAUUUGGAAAGUGUAAUGCAUCAAGAGCUAUAUUCUAGUUUGAAACUUAGAUUUAAGAGACAUGGUGUAAGCUUCAUAUUGGAUUUCUGAUGUUAAAUAAAUGAAUUUUACCUUGUAGCUUGAA